GUCAAGGAUUGCUCUGUGGACUUGUCCAGCUGCAAGGCCUAUUAUCGCCGCUUUCGAAUCUGCGAGCGUCACCUGAAGACGCUUUCGCUCUGCAUCGAGGGAAAGCUCAGUCGGUUUUGUCAGCAGUGUGGUCGUUUCCAUGGGCUGGAGGAGUUCGAGGGCAGCAAGCGGUGA